GUUGCACCUGCCUUCUUACUCCCACUACAACCCUCAGCUGCUUUGCGACUUCAGUCCCCAGCUCCUUCCCUCUUCUACUCUCUGCUUCCACUCUCUCCACUGACCUUCUUCUCUUCCUCGCCCCGCCUUCUCCCUUCCACUUCCCACUGCCACAAUUCAGGACAGUGCCACCUGCUCCAACUGCAAAAUCGAUUCACAUUCCCUUCUCCCUGAUCCAGACACUUGGCAGAGAGAACCCAAGCAGUCAACCUACCAUUGGUGGGCACCAUCCUCUCUCGAAAAAACCCCUUCUUUCUCUCUUCCCAUCGCAUUCUGCGACCUCUACUGUUUUAGAGUUGACGGCCAAGAGCCAGUCAAUUGCGAGAUGGGAUCCUUGGGCCCUUACGUGAUCGACCCAUUGGCGGCCAUGUCCGAGGUUCAGCUCAUUCUCCAUGCGCCUCCCGACUUCCCCAUCAGCAAAAACACCGAGAUUCUCGGCGUCUGCGGUAUUGCCGACAAUUACGCCAAAGCUGACAAAUACGGCUGGAUAGUUGCCGACUUUCUUGCCUAUAAAGUCGGCUGCUACGGUCUUGGUCGUCCAAGUGAUCAUACUUGGCUGAGCUCUCUCGAUUUGCACUGCUUCCUUGAGAAUGUUUCCACCAAACUGGAUGCAGGUCCUGGGAGCCCUAUGCGCAGAAAAAUCUUUGGCCCCAACGGUGAUCAUAUUACCACUGUUCCAGCCGACAAUGCCGGAUUUCUCAACGUUCUUCUCACGCAGAUUGGCGACAGUGCCAAGUCUGCUGCCUCCAAGAACGUCCCCUUGGUUAUUUUCAUGUUCACGCCUGUCACCCCCGAGCAUGAUAUUUGCAUUGACUUCGGCGAGAAGAAAUUCUUGACUACAGAAGAAAUCUGUAGAACUAUCGCGGAAGCCACGGGAAACCCCAAUCUUCCCGUCACCUUGUUGACCCCUUCUGCGUUUACUGGGGGUUGGAACUGCCGGCCUAGUCUCAUGGGGCCGUCGAGAUGUUCCGCCACCAAAGCCAUGGAGUUGAUUGCGAGAUCUUCGGGAGGAGCUUUUGCGGACACAUUCAUAAAAGUCUUUACCAGUCGUCAGUCGCCUCUGUUAGCCCGAGAGCAUCAAGACAUCGCACGGUAUGACGACCUCAUGCCGCUUUCUCCCACCGUGGAACAGAAGAACUUUCUACAUCACCUCCAGGGCCGAGUUCACGAAAUCUUGGAGCAUGGAUUCUCGCCUUUCGCUAACCGCCACACAGCCGUGGUGAAUGGGCCCGACCCUUGGGAGAUUCUCGCCCCCAGAAUCGGUGUGCCACUGAAAGACUGGGGCCCGAGGUUCAUGAAUCGCCCUCUUUACGAGGCUGUCCGGCGCGUGGAGUUUUUCGGAGAAGCGUUCGGAGGAGAACGCAGCUCGCAGCUCUUUCACUUGUGCUACCUCAUUGACAUUGAGCUCAGCACCUGUCCCGGCGACUGGAACAAGAAGACAGCCGGAAUGACGCAGGAGCUGUACCGCGGCUUCACGGAGCACCCCAACCCUGACGAUGACCACUUCAAGCAAGUUUUCGAUGCACUUGAUUAUCGAGCCUCCUCCAUGAAACUGGCUCACUGUGUUGCCAAGGCACUGCAUCUACCGAUGCCUGGCAAUCUGAAGUGCCGUUACUGGAACGACGGCUACGAUCAGGAUGACGCCUUUUACAAGAGGCAUGCUGCGGCGUUUGGCGAAGCGCACAACCUGUUUGAUCAAGUCGCCGUUCGUCCUAGAGAGAGACGACAUGACUACAAAGUUGUGCGAUUCUUGCGUGCAUCGCGCUGGCUCUCGGCUUGCAUUGCCAUGAAGUUUGCGAACGAUGGCACCGAUACUGCCAACGUGAAAAUUUUCGUCAACAGCAGUGUUACGGACUUUAUUACCCAAGUCAAGGAUUUGCAACUCGGCUUGCUUCUGCAAGACAAAGACGUCCUCAAGGCCAGCUCUCGCUGGCUUGCCGCCAUUGGUUUCGGCGAUAGUCGUAACAUGGAAAUCCUGGGGGCGAUUGAUACCAGCAGCCCGUCCCUCGAGGUCUUUUUCCCGAGCCCAGUUGCUCCGGUCUAUGUCGACAAGGGCAAGGGUAAGGAAGUGGCCAAGGUUGAGGAACCGCCAUCUCUUUGGUUUGAGAAACAGAACCAAUCCCCGGUUUAUCCAAUUCAGCAGGCGCAGGUCAAUGUCGGACGUGACGGUGUGGUGUUUCCAGCUGAGGAGCGCGCUGAUGAGUUUGCGUUGCAACAGGCUCUCCUCAACGAAGCCAAAUUUAACAAGGAAAAGGAGAAGACUGUUAUUGAGCCAGCUUUUCAGCAUCACAAACCCCUGAUCAGCAUUCACCAGCCUCCCGCCCCGACUCCGGCUCCCGAAUUUCAGACUCCCAGAUCCCCGGUGCGCAAGUCUCCUGUCACCACUGUUGUCGAGCCUACCAUGGCGUCAGCUUCGGAGCCUGUGUCGACAAAGGCCCCAUCGUCAUACACCCCGGACACGCCGUUUUCAGGCUACACGGCAAUUGUCCAAGAAGGUAGCAGAUAAGGUGCUUACCAAACCUGAUGAGGUCAAGGAAGUCUUUGCGCAGAUCCUCCAGGACGCCAUGAAGAUUGCUCUCUCACGGAUGGAUGCGUCUGCUGACAGUCGUUUGUCCGCUAUCCUUUCUCCUGGCCCACCUCCUCCCAGUGUCGUCCAGCCUGCCAGGUCUACGACUGUUGAAGCACUGGCAGUUAACAACCCGACACCUCCCAGAUCUCCUGUCCAGCCGACAACUCUCUCUUCCGUACAGAAGUCCCCCCAGAGAGCGAUUAGGGACCAGCUGGAGGACACCUCAGGAGAGCCAAAGGUUGAGACUGAUCCCGCCUCCGCGCCCCAGGCCAACACUUUCGUGGUCCCCAGAAUACGGCCUCCGAAGAUGCGGCGCUCAGACUCGCCUCCGCCGAUGACUUUUGGGCUCGUGCUGUCAGCAUCUCGCACAAGAAUUACUAGGUUGGAUUUCUGAAGUUGUAACUACGCAUUUGCAAGGAACGAACGAAUGUUUUGUAAAAUGGGAAUUGUUGUGUGGUUGGCAGAAGGGUUGGAGGAAGGUUUUCCAGCCAUGGAAGUCGGACAACCUUUUUUCUGUGCACUUGGGUGAGAAGCCUGAGGGAUUUCUGGGGAGAACUUUUUGCUAAAUUACUAGGAACUGUCAUUGGUGUUAGACCAGAUCACUCUGGCAGCGAUCAUGG